CGCGCUGCUGCUGCUGGACCGGCAGGAGGAGAGAGACCCGCCGGGGCUGCACGGGAACCGGUGACGUGACGUGAUGCGAUGCCGUGCGGGAUCACGGUAACGUAAGAAGAGAAGCCGCGGAGGAGGACCAUCGAGGCUCCGCAGCGGAACACACACACCGAGUCGAUCUGAUGUAAAGCCGCAGGGAUGCACGGGUAGGCAGGGAGGAGGCGCGAGGAGCGGAGCGAGCGACGGUACAUAACGGAGGAGAGAGCGCGAGGAGGGAGGCGGAGGAGCAGCGCGAAGAGGAGGAGGAGGAGGAGGGAGGAUGAAUUCUGUAGAUGGAGGAGGAGAAGCGGGCCCGGACGGCCUGGCGACGGCAGGUUCUGGUAAAGCCGAGUGUCCCCGGGCGGUCGACGUGCUGACGGUGCUCAGAGAGAAAGUUGCCUUCGUGUCAGGUGGGCGGGACAAACGCGGCGGACCAAUCCUAACCUUCCCUGCCAGGACCAAUCAUGAUCGAAUAAAACAGGAAGACCUCAGCCGAUUGGUCACCUACCUGGCGACUAUACCCAGUGAGGACGUGCGCACUCGUGGCUUCACGGUGGUGGUGGACAUGCGCGGCAGUAAGUGGGACAGCGUGAAGCCGGUUCUACGGACGCUGCAGGAGUCGUUUUCCUCCAACAUCCACACAGCGCUGCUCAUCAAACCGGACACCUUCUGGCAGAAACACAAGACCAACCUGGGCAGCGCCAAGCUCAGCUUCGAGACCAGCCUGGUGUCGGUGGAGGGUCUGUCCCGGCUUGUCGACCCCUCCCAGCUGACCUCUGACCUCGGCGGCUCAUUGGAGUAUGACCAUGUGGAGUGGACCGAGCUGCGUCUGGGUCUGGAGGAGUUCACGGGGGCCGCCACACAGCUGCUGGCCCAGCUGGAGCAGCUGGAGGCAGGACUGAACCGCAUACCGGAGCCCCAGGACGUGGACGAGGCGCGCAAACUUCUGGAGGAACAUGGUCGUCUCCGUAACACCAUUGCCACGGCACCAGUCGACUCCCUCGAGCGAGAGGGACGGUGCUUGCUCCAGCGCAUGCGCCUGGGCCCUUCCCACGGUGAUGCCUCUACCGAAGGCGGCGGGGGUGGCGGUAGUCACGGCAGCUGGCUGUCAGGCGGGGCGGACUUCCAGAGUGUUGCGCCGAAGGUUUCGUCUCUGCUGGACCGGCUGCAGGCGGCUCGCAGUCACCUGCUGCAGAGCUGGAGCGACAGGAAGCUGCACCUGGACCAGACGCUGCAACUGCACCUGUUCGAGCAGGACGCCACCAAGAUGUCGGAGUGGAUCGCUCACAGUAAAGAUUUGUUCGUGCAGAGUCUGGUGGAGGUCGGGCAAAACCAGCAACACGCCCUCGACCUCCAGACACAACACCAGCACUUCACCGCCAACUGCAUGAACGGCAGUGUGAACGUGGACAGCGUGGUUGCCGUGGCGGCGAGGCUGGCCGAAGCCGGUCACUACGGGGCGGAGCGGAUCGCCAUGGUGUCGUUGCGGUUACAGGAAGACUGGAAGUCCCUGACGACGGCGCUGGAGGAGCGUAGCAACACGCUUUCCAUGGCGACCGGCUUCCACCAGGGAGCAGAGCAGUUCCUGCUCAGGGUGGAAGGCUGGGUUCAGGCGUGCUCUGAAGGCUCGCUGCCGACAGCUACAGUCGAGCUGGAGGCUGCGACGAAGAAACACACGGAGCUGAACGAGGACAUCUCUGCAAACUACACACAGGUGAGUGAGAGCGGGAAAGCCUUACUAGAUCUUCUCCAGUGCUGCCCGGCGCCAUCCGAAGACUCUGCAGCCAAACCGGACUUCACCGCUGCCACGCACGGCAUCAUGGGAGUUCUGCACCAGGUCAUGCAGGGUCACCACAAGGUGGAGGGGGUUUGGCAGCACCGUAAGCUCCGCCUCCACCAGCGCCUGCAGCUGUGCGUGUUUCAACAGGACGUGAGACAGGUGCUGGACUGGGUGGAGCAGCACGGGGAGGUGUUCCUGAACAAACACAGCGGUGUGGGGAAGUCUCUGCAUCGGGCACGAGCUCUGCAGAAACGCCACGACGACUUCCAGCAGGUCGCACAGAACACUUACACUAAUGCAGAGAAGCUUCUGGAAGCCGCAGAUCAGCUGGCACAGUCCGGAGAGUGUGAGGAGGAGGAGAUCUACCAGGCAGCCCGAGACCUGGAGCUCCGCAUGCAGGCCUUCAUCCAGAGGGUGGAACAGAGGAAGCUGCUGCUAGACCUCGCUGUGUCUUUCUACACACACACUAAGGAGGUAACACACAGUCUGUGGAUGGAAGGCCUCCAGAAGCAGCUCUCCUCAGACCUGUGUGUGUGUCCCGACACAGUGGAGGCUCUUCAGGCUCUGAUCAGCCAGCAGCAGCAGCAGCAGGCCAACACACAGGAAGCUGCGAUGAGUGUCAUCCGGGAAGGAGAAGACCUCAUCCUGCAACUCAGGCCUCAGGGCAGCUCGGUGGCCCAUGUGGAGACAGUGCUGCAGCAGCUGGAGGAGUCUCACGUUCAGCUGGAGGAACUUUUCCACCUGAGGAAGAUCCGUCUGGAUGUUUACCUGCAGCUCCGCAUCCUGCAGCAGUGCACGCUGGAGGUAACGGGGGAGAUGGACGCCUGGAAGCAGGACCUCCAGAAACAGUCCCAGGACUUCUCCGUGGAGAAGCUAGCAACGCCGCGGAUAGCCGACGCAAACCACGACAAGCUAGUGCAGGACAAGCUAACGCUGGGCCAGUCGCGGCUGGUGGAGGCUAGCCCUGAGGUGCUAACGCUAGCACAGCAGCGCAUCCACAGGCACAUGGAGCGAAGGCUGGCGAUGAACAACAUGAUCUAUGAGGUCAUCCAGCAAGGUCACGACCUUCAGCAGUACAUCACUGAGGUCCAAGCGUCAGGUAUCGAGCUGGCGGAGGCGGAGGGGGGGCUCUCCUCUCAGGUGGAGGAGCUGCAGCACCUCCUGCAGGACAAACAGAAGGAGCUGCAGCAGAUCGCAGAUCACACACACACACACCUGGAGCAGAACCUGCAGCUGAGACACCUGCAGAGUCAGGUCAAACAGGUGCUGGGAUGGAUCUCGGAGGGAGAGGUGAUGCUGUCAUCCUGCAUGCUGAACUCCAGCUGUCUGUCUGAAGCGGAGCAGCUGCAGAGGGAACACGAGCGCCUCCAGCAGGCCAUUGAGGCUCUGCUGCACGCUGACUCCCUGCAAAGGACUCACCAGGUGGCUCUGGCUCUGCAGCAGAGAGCAGAGCUGCUGGUCAGGUCGGGGCACUACGACCCGGACGCCGUGCGGUCCUGCGCCCAGACGGUGGCGCUGCACUGGCAGACUCUGAUGCUGCGGAUUGAAGACAGACUGAAACUGGUGAACGCCUCCGCAGCCUUCUACAGGACAUCCCAGCAGGUGUGUGGAGUGCUGGAGAGUCUGGAGCAGGAGUACCGGAGGGAGGAGGACUGGUGCGGAGGAGGAGAGCGGCAGCCGGAGUUGCUGCUGCCGCUCGUCAGCAAACACAUGGAACAGAAGGAGGCGUUCCUGAAGGCCUGCACUCUGGCGAGGCGGAAUGCCGAAGUUUUCCUCAAGUACAUCCACCGCAACAGCGUCACCAUGGCGAACAUCUCGGGCCACCACAGCAUGACGGGGGUCACCGAGGUCACGGGGCACUCUCGGGUACCAGAGCAACAGGUCAAAGGUAUCCUCAGUGAGCUGCUCCAGAGGGAAAACAGAGUUCUUCAUUUCUGGACUCUGAAGAAACGCAGACUGGAUCAAUGCCAGCAGUACCUGAUGUUCCAGAGCCACACCCAGCAGGCUCUGGAUUGGCUGCAGCAGUCAGGUGACCACUACUUGGCCACGCACACGUCGCCGGGGGCAGCGGUUGCAGAGACGCAAGAACUGCUGAACCAACACAGAGAGUUCUGCGUGUCGGCCAAGCACACCCAGGAGAAGGUUCACCUGCUGAUCCAAUUGGCUGAGAGCAUGCUGGCAAAAGGCCACGCCCACCGCACUGAACUCCGCCGCUGCGUCUCCACGGUGGACAAACGUUACCGCGACUUCACCGUCAGGAUGGGGCAGUACCGCCACCUGCUGGAGGUGGCGCUGGGAGGCUGCACUCAGGACAAUAAGGACUUGGAGCUGGAGCUGAUCCCCAACAGUCUGUCCGACUCCGACCCCGAGGUCAACCUGUCUGACCCGAGUCACCAGGUCAGCGACGAGAAGAGGCGCUCCGCCCGCAAGAAGGAGUACAUCAUGGCUGAGCUGCUGCAGACGGAGAGAGUGUACGUCAGAGACCUGCAGGAGUGCAUCGAGACGUACCUAUGGGAGAUGACGAGCGGCUCAGAAGACGUCCCGUCAGGUCUCAACAACAAGGACGACGUCGUGUUCGGAAACAUCCAGGACAUCUACGAGUUCCACAACAGUAUUUUCCUGAAGGAGCUGGAGAACUACGAGCAGCUUCCUGAGGACGUCGGUCACUGCUUCGUCACCUGGGCGGAUAAGUUCCACAUGUACGUGACGUACUGCAGGAACAAGCCCGACUCCAGUUUGCUGAUCCAGCAGCACGGAGCCGGAUUCUUUGAGGAGGUGCAGAGGAGACACGGUCUCACUAACACCAUCUCGUCAGCGCUCAUCAAACCGGUUCAGAGGAUCACAAAAUACCAGCUGCUGCUCAAGGAGUUGUUAGCGUGCUGCGAGGAGGGAAAAGGGGAAAUAAGAGAAGGCCUGGAUGUGAUGCUGAGCGUCCCGAAGAGAGCUAACGAUGCUAUGCAUGUUAGCAUGCUGGAAGGUCUGGAGGAGGGUCUGGAGGUGCAGGGCGAGCUCCUGCUGCAGGACUCCUUCCUGGUCUGGGAGCCAAAGUCUCUGAUCAGGAAGGGGCGGGACAGACACCUCUUCCUGUUCGAGCUGUCACUCAUCUUCAGCAAGGAGAUCAAAGACUCGUCGGGACGAACCAAAUACCUGUACAAGAGCCGACUGAGGACCUCGGAGCUCGGUGUGACGGAGCACAUCGAGGGGGAUCCCUGUAAAUUCGCUCUGUGGGUCGGACGAACGCCGACAUCCGACAAUAAGACGGUCCUGAAGGCGUCAUCGCUGGAGCUGAAGCAGGAGUGGGUCCGCAGCAUCCGCCAGGUGAUCCAGGAGAGGCGGGGACACCUGCGGGGGGCGCUGAGGGAGCCCAUCCCCCUCCCCAAGACACCAAACCCCACCCUGGGGCGACAGCGCAGCAUCAACCGCAGGGAUACCAGUGAGGACGCAGACAGUCUGGGUGAUGCCAGCAGUCAGCCCGACACCGUCUCCAUCGCCUCUCGAACGUCACAAAACACAGCUGACAGCGACAAGCUGUCCGGCGGCUGUGAGUUAGUGGUGGUGUUGUUGGAUUUCUCCCCCGGGGCAGCCGGGGAGCUCGGCGUGCGCUGCGGUCAGACUGUGGAGCUGGUGGAGCGCUCGGCCGAGCGGCCCGGGUGGUGUCUGGCCCGCACGACGGAUCAAACGCCCCAACAGGAGGGUCUGCUGCCGAUGAGCGCCCUCUGUCUGUCUCACUCUCACAGUGCACCCGACAUGGAAGGGCUCCUCCCGGCCUCCACCUCCUCCAGCACCUCCUCCACCUGCACCACCACCUCCUCCUCCUUCAACUCCUCCUGCACUACCACCUCCUCCUCCAACGCCUCCUCCAGCGCAGCCAGGGGUGAGUACAAGCAUUUAUAUCUUCCUUAUUCAGACUUCUUCCUCCAAAUAUUCAGAACUGUCUCACAUUUCGUAUCAUGA